CGCCGAGCCGCCGACUCCUCGUCACAGGCUCAGCUGCCGCGGCCGAGGUGGCGGCGACGAGCGGCCGCCGCGUCCUGCCGGCGCGCGCCCCGGGUUCCCCUACCUGGCCGCCCGCCGAGCCAUGUCGUUGAGCCCAAAGCACACGACGCCCUUCUCCGUCUCCGACAUCCUGAGCCCCAUCGAGGAGACCUACAAGAAGUUCGGCGGCGCCAUGGACGGCGCGCCACCCGGCCUGGGGGCGCCCCUGGGGGCCGCGGCCGCCGCCGCCUACCGCGCGCCGCCACCUGGGCCCUCCUCGCAGGCGGCGACCGUGGCGGGCAUGCAGCCUUCUCACGCCAUGGCGGGUCACAACGCGGCGGCCGCGGCGGCGGCAGCAGCAGCGGCGGCGGCGGCGGCCGCCACCUACCACAUGCCGCCCGGCGUCUCGCAGUUCCCUCACGGCGCCAUGGGCGGCUACUGCAACGGCGGCCUGGGCAACAUGGGCGAGCUGCCCGCCUACACCGACGGCAUGCGGGGUGGCGCGGCCACCGGCUGGUACGGCGCCAACCCGGACCCACGCUACUCGUCAAUCUCCAGGUUCAUGGGGCCGUCGGCGGGCGUGAAUGUGGCCGGCAUGGGGUCGCUGACGGGCAUCGCAGACGCAGCCAAGUCGCUGGCACCGCUGCACGCGGCAGCGGCGGCAGCCGCUCCGCGAAGGAAGCGCCGCGUGCUCUUCUCGCAGGCGCAGGUCUACGAGCUGGAGCGGCGCUUCAAGCAGCAGAAGUACCUGUCGGCGCCAGAGCGCGAGCACCUGGCCAGCAUGAUCCACCUGACGCCCACGCAGGUCAAGAUCUGGUUCCAGAACCACCGCUACAAGAUGAAACGGCAGGCCAAGGACAAGGCGGCGCAGCAGCUGCAGCAGGAGGGCGGCCUGGGCCCGCCGCCACCUCCGCCGCCGUCCCCGCGCCGCGUGGCGGUGCCUGUGCUGGUCAAGGACGGCAAGCCGUGCCAGAACGGCGCCAGCACGCCCACCCCCGGCCAGGCCGGUCCGCAGCCGCCGGCCCCGACGCCCGCACCUGAGCUGGAGGAGCUGUCGCCCAGCCCACCCGCGCUGCACGGCCCGGGGGGCGGUCUGGCGGCCCUGGACGCGGCCGCCGGGGAGUAUAGCGGCGGCGUCCUGGGCGCCAACCUGCUCUAUGGCAGGACGUGGUGACAGCGAGGGUGCCCCGGGGCUAGGUUCUGGUGCAGCCGAAGGGUCUGCAAGAAACUGCUAGAACGGUUGGGGGAGGCAUGCGAAAACCGACUCGCGUCGGUCUCAGAGAGGAGCAGGCUGUGAACCACUUGCUGGGGGCGGGGGACAGCGACAGCCCGGAAACCGAGUAGUGUAACAUUAUGCCACGCGGCUUUGAGGUGGUGGUUUUCUCCUCCUAGAAGUUCUUAAAUGACGCGCAAAGGUGAAGUCUUGACUACAGCUCUCAAAGUUGGAAACUUUGUUGGCGUUUGUAACUAUAAAAAUCAACCCAGCUUUAACAAUGAGUCCUUUUUGAAAUGGAAUUUAUCUUGGGAGAUUAAUUUUCGAAGGGCCCCCUAAGUGCAAUUUCAUUAAUGUUUGAUUGAAAGUAAAUUGAAUUGUAGCUCAAGGUGGAUCGUACACAUAGCAACAUUAUUGCAGAGGAAUUAUUGCCAUUUAGGUAAUAGAGCAAUGGAAUCAAAAUAAAA